CUGUGUGGUGGACUUUUUUGUGAAGUUACUUUAGCUAGGUAAAAUAAUAAGUUCUCUGAAAAAACGCUGGUCUUUAGUGUUUUAGGUAAACCCGUCUGACUGGCCACGGGCGGUUUGGAAGAGAGGGCCUCGUCUUCGCCACGGUGAUGUGGAAUAUAGCGCCUCGAACCAACAAAGCUCUUCGAUGUCCGUACACCACCGUCGGAUGAUUAUGUACCCGUAGUGACCGUUCACGGAAACAUCGCACAUCAGCCACCCGCCCCGGGGAGCCUAGCAACGGAGUGAAGACGAAGGAAUAACAAUGGGAAACCCAAGCCUAACGUACGAGAUUUUACUCUAUCUCAAUUCGUUUUACUUCGGAAUGUUCGCUACCUGCGAGCUGGGAAUGCUCACUCUGAAGGCAGUCAAUUUAAAGUAUCCGGAUCAUAUUCUGCUUCGGGAGGCGUGCAUUCUGGUAGCACUGUGUUUGGUUGAAACCAUCCGAAUCAUCCUGGGCAGACGAGGUAGCCUUAGUGACCAUGGUUGGCAUGUGAUCCUGUCCGUUUUUCUUACAAUUCCCUGUGGAAUGGGCGUAGGAUAUCUUCUCUUUUACCAGCUGCACCGACUACGCCUGGAGUACAUCCUAUGUGCCUUAAUGUUAUCACUACAGGCAGCAGAACUGUUCUUUGCAAUACUGUUCGUAUUCACGCUGUGUCGGCCGCCUUCCUACGAUUAAUUUCUAGUCCAUCAAUAACAAACUGCCAACGCUCUCGAAACCGAUUUCCGCCCAGAUUGUCUGGAUCGGCCUACCACGCCCGGAAUGGCGUUGUAAUUCCUAAAGGCAUACCGUUCCUGGCCGUGUUAAAACUACCAUUCGGCGCACCUACUAUACUAUAGUGUACUAUAGUUGAUAUCGCAAUGCGCAUCAUGUUGCAUUUGCACACACCAAUGUGCCCCUCGAAACGGACGCGGAAGUAUCACCAUCAUCAUCAUCGUCAUCAUCUUGCUCAAAUGGCCAAAACAAAACCGGUGCCAUCGUAAGGCUGGUAGUGAAUAGGUGCCACGUAGUUUAUCGUAACGUAUUGAAAACCCAAGACAGAGCAACAUUUUAAUGCCGUCUGCAGCGAAUUUGGGCCGCCGUAUGUACCAUGGACAUAUGUGUAAGAAUCGGCAGAGAAAAUCGGUUGUUGUCGUGCAGUCGAUCGGUUGAUCGAUAUGCCACUGUAGGAUAGAAUUAAUACAACAUUACAAGCACAUGCCCAUUGGCACAUUACGAAAGUUCUCUUCAGUGCGAUGAACUGCGCACCGCCUUCUCGAGUAAUCUAUCCAUACACACCAACACGGAAUUCACCUAAAGUUUUCCCUUAACUUAAGAGCACAACAUGAACCAUUUUGAUUCGAUACCAAAGAGCUUGAUUUCUAGUCUAGUUGCAUAAUUAAUUUAACAACCAAACUUCCGACCAUCGAAGGACCACCACAGUAGUGAGGAGUCCUGCGUUUUACCUAAUCAUAUAUUCCAUGUAAUAUAUCCUACCACUUUUUCUAUCUUGCGAGAAAACAACUAAAACGCACAGCCCCACAUUCAAUGCUAUCGUCGCUGCAUUCUUAAAAUCAAAAUAUUACUAGCAAUAGGUGACAGCGAUACAAAGCGGGUUUCAAAAAAUCUAGAAACUAGUCAUUGUUGAUACGCACACGCAUGCGGUGUGUGCCAACAGUUAGAUAAUUUUGAGAUAUUAAAAUUUGUAACUGCUAUCAAACUGUGUCAAAUAUCAGGUACGGGCACAUGCCGGAAGAGGAAAUUUAAAAGCAAAUACUUCAAUAUAAUCAAACCCUUAUUAAACAGUGUCAUAAAAUUUUGAAACAUGUUUACCGGAAGGUGAUAAAAAACUCAUUAUAUCAAUCUACUCAAUACCAGACCAGUAAUAAAAAUGUACGUUUGAAUGUUGUGCUAUUACGACGAAGUAUAUCGUUCCCGUUUCCCGGCCACAUGCAAAAGCAGCAUUAAGUCGUAUCCUUUAGGAUUUCGUUGGUACUUAGCAAACAGAAACAAAAAUGGUCAUGAACGCGUCAUGUAAACACUUGUAUUUGUAUAAUCAGGUAAAGCGUUUAAAAUAUAACACACCUC